AUGGAUUCAUCUCGUCUUCAGCUCGGUGCGUCCGUGUCUGGAAGGCGUGGCAGCGCGGGCGCGAUGGAGCUCGCGAAGCAGGGGCAGCCGCCGCUGCCUUCGGCUGCGCACCGGCCCUGCCCCGCCCUGUACUGCCCUGACAACUGGGGCGCGCAGCCGCCCAACAGCACCUACCUGAUCGUGCCCAUGGGCCACCAGCCAGCGCAGCUUGGUGCGCCCACUCCCGGCGCACCUCACCCCGGGGGCCGGCCUCUGAGCAGGGUGUCGUUGAGGCCGCCACAGCAGGUGCUCAAUGUUGAUUUUCCAGAGAUGCUCAUGCCGCAGCGGUCGCCGCCCUUGGCCGGCAAGAAGAUGGCCGGCAAGCGUUCAGCUCAGAAGGAAUCGCCGGCGGAGGAUCAUUCGCAGGUGCAGCUGCUUGACACAGUAAGAUCCAAGUGCAGGGAGACUCUGACGGCUGCCUUGAGUAUGGGUUCUGACCGCCAGUUCCGGCAGCAAUCUGUGCCUGACGCUGUUGUUGGACCUUCUGAAUCCAUGCCACAACCCAAUCCAAAAAGGGCCAGGAUGUCUGAUUCUGAUGAUGUUCAUGCUGGGGCUAAGGCAUCUCAAAUUCGGCCGGAGUCAGGAAGAGCAAUUACCACCGGUGGAACAAGUGAAGAAGAGAAGGUCAGGGUUCAUCAGGCCCAAAGUUUGGCAUCUGAAAUUGAAGAGGAGCUGUUCAAAUUGUUUGGGGGAGUUAAUAAGAAAUACAAGGAGAAAGGUAGAUCACUUCUGUUCAAUCUGAAAGAUAAAAGUAACCCUGUGCUGAGGGAGCGGGUCUUGUCUGGGGACAUAACACCUAGAUGCCUAUGUGCAAUGAAUAUCGAAGAACUUGCUUCGAAGGAGCUUUCGGAGUGGCGCAUGGCUAAAGCUGAAGAGCUUGCAAACAUGGUUGUUCUUCCUGAUAGAGAAGUGGACGUUAGACGCUUGGUGAGGAAAACACACAAAGGAGAAUUUCAAGUUGAAGUGGAAGAAACUGAUGCCAUAGAAGUUGGGCUUGGGGGUGGUUCGCUUUCUUAUGCUCAAGCCAAAUCUGUUGAUGAAACAAGCGUACUCAAGGAGAUCAAGGAAUCGGACAACAGUCUGCAAGAUGGAGUUGCCGAGACAUGCAACAGUAACACAUCAAGAAAUUCAGAAUAUGCAGCAAAUGAGAAAAGUGUUCUGAUGCAAGAACCAAUGGUUGAUGAUGUGCAGGUCACAGAGAAUCUUCCCCAGAUCAUGACACUGGAUGAAUUCAUGCAGGUACUUGAUUCUGAACCACAUUCUGAAGAUCAGUCCACUGGAGCUCUUCAAGAUGAUCCUAGUAUUGGCAAAGCUGACAAGGCUUUGAAGUCAGGAAGUUUUCCGAUAGCUAAAGACAAGGCUGCUGCACUGAAAUUCCAAUUUCAUUCUGAUUUGCGAUCCCCACAAGACAAUUUUGAGUCCAAGUUAGAAUCAACUAUAAACAAAUCAUUUUCAAUCAUGAAUACAGUUUUAGAACCAAACAGAGAUGUGACAGUCAAAUCCCCCCCUGAAAAGGUGGAUGAUGAAACACCAGAUACUGUAAAUGGCUCGAUUGCUGAAUCCACUAUGCAGUGUAAGAUAACUCCUGAUGCCGCGUUCACUUAUGACAGUAUAUGGGAGGGAACAAUUCAGCUUAGUUUGACUUCACUCACAAAUAUUGUUGCUAUCUUUAAAAGUGGUGAAAAGCCAUCUACAAAUGAGUGGCGCCGCUUUCUUGAGAUCAAGGGAAGAGUGAGGCUUAGUGUUUUUAAAGAAUUUCUUGAGCAGCUUCCAAACUCCAGGAGCCGUGCUAUAAUGGUAACCGAGUUAUGUUCAAAGGAGGGCUCGCUUGAGAGUGGUCGGCAUCAUCUCUUGCAGACCAUUGACUCGUAUACUGCAGAUGGGAGAGUAGGAUUAGUGAAGCCUGCUGAAUGGGUGGAGAUGUACCUAUGUCCUCAAGGGAAAGCCGCUGAGAUACUUGCUGACCACCUGCCAAAGGAGCACUCGGGCAGUUUAACUGUGACUGGAACGUCUAUUAUCGGACUCGUCGUGUGGCGGAGGCCCCAUGUCUCACAUAAGGUUCCGCCUAACAGGCAAGAUGUCCACAAGAGCCCGGCCACAGUUUCUAGUUCGGUUGUGCCCAGGAUUUCCCAGCCACCAUCUCGCGCUUCCAAUGUUUGUCGCUCCCACCAGGAUGAUGUAACCUCUGACAGUCCUCCAGGCUUUGGUCGUGGUGUUUUCAAGGAUUAUAAUGGUCUGCCUGAAUAUAAUAGUGUUGGCUUAUCAAACUUAGCCUCCAACGCAACAACGCCGCAGACCAACAAAAGCCAUCAGCACACUUGUCACUCAGAAUAUCCAAGAAUGAGGGAAAUGGUUCGCAAGUAUGGUAACGAAUCUGUUGCAGCCCAGCCCUGGAAUGGCGAUGGUUCUAACAUACCAGAAUGGUAUCCAAACUCCCAAAGCAAUCUCCAGCAGAUGCAGAUUCCACAAGCACAGUUCCCUUGUCAGCAGCAGCCACAGUACCAUCUCAUGUUUCAGUAUCACACGACACGAGAAUACCAAAGCCCCUUGCCCCAAGCAUACGCCCAGCACCAGCAUACUGCCAUGCCCGUGCAGCACCCUCUGACUUACGGGCACCUGAUGCAGCCUGCUCAGCAAUGCUACUAUGGUGUACCAGAUGGCACUGGGCAAUCCCAAUUCGCUGGUGCUUGGAACCAGGGGCUGAUGCCAUGGAAUCUGCGGUAG